CAUAUCCUCUCUUGGUUGGAUAUGAAAUCUCUCAAAAAAGAGAAAAAAUAGGUUGGGAAAUCUUUAGAUUUUUGAGGUAAACUUCUGUUUGUAUGUGUAGUAUAAAUCUAAAAUAUCUAUCUUUUUUUUUCAAUGUUCUUUUUUUUCCUGGCAGAAAAUGAGGUGGUUGGAUAUAGACAUGGGAUUAUGGUUACGUUUCAAAAGGUUUUGCUUCCAAUUGCAAAAUAGACUUUAGCUUCUUUCCAGAAGUUUUUGACCAACUGUUUGAGCUGAAAAUGGGAAGGCAUGGAUUCUGUUUAUCUAGAAUUCCUGUCUUUAGACAAUUCAGAACACAACAUGUUGCAUUAAUUCCCACCUCGAACUCUUUUUGCUCUGAUUCUACCCAGAACAACCCCAAUCAAAUUGAACAGUUUCCUAGCAAUCAGGAAGUUACAUUGGAGACCACCACCAAAAAUCAACACUCCAACCUUCCAGAACCUUUGGGCCAUGAGUUAGUUCGGAAGCUCCGGAUUUUACUUCAACAGGAGCGUACAGGUGCUGCCAAGAGGCUCAUCAAGUCUGCCAUUCUCUCCAAAUCAUCUUUCUCAUCACCUUGUGAUCUGAUUGCACUUUUUUCUGUCCAUUCUCCAUCCUUGAAGCAUGUAUUUUCAAACAUGUUGUUAAUGGCAUUUUUGGAUCUCAAAAUGCUUAAUGAUGCCAUAGAAUUAUGUACCUCAAUGAAGAAAAAUGGUGUUGUUCCUACUGUGGCUACCCUCAGUGUUCUAUUUAAACUGUUGAUGUCUUCAAAAGAGUUUGAAAAGAUACUUGAAUUAUUUUCUGAACUUGUUGAAUCUGGUAUCCUACCAGAUGGUUUCAUGUAUGGUAAGGCAGUUGAGGCAGCAAUAAAACUAGGGGAGAUGAAUAAGGCCUGUGAUUUGGUGUAUUGCAUGUGGAAGAUAGGGGUUCGUCCUACUGUGUUUGUUUAUAACGUUCUAAUUUCUGGCUUUUGCAAAGAGAAGAGGAUGAUUGAUGCAGAGAAGAUGUUUGAUGAAAUGAUCAAUAGAAAUGUGUCCCCUAAUUUGGUUACUUACAAUACAAUUAUCAAUGGAUAUUGUAAGGCGGGAAAAUUGGAUAAAGCUUUUAUUUUGAAGGAGAGGAUGAAGCAUGCAAAUUUGGAACCUAAUCUUGUAACAUACAAUUCAUUGUUAAGUGGGCUCUGUCAGGAAAUGCAGAUGGAGGAAGCCAAAAAAAUAUUGCAGGAGAUGGAAGCUUACAAGUUUGCACCAGAUGGAUUUACAUAUAGCAUACUUUUUGAUGGGUAUUUGAGGUCUGGUGAUGGUGAAGCCUCAAUGGUUCUGUAUGAAGAAGUGAUAAAAAAAGGAGUGAGACUAAAUAAUUAUACUUGUUGUAUUUUGUUGAAUGGCUUAUGUAAAGAUGGGAAGGUUGAAAAGGCAGAGGAGAUUCUGGUGAAGUUAAUGAUGAGUGGAUUAGUUCCGGAUGAGGUAAUUUAUAAUGUACUAGUGGAUGGAUACUGCCGAAAAGGAAAUAUUGAUGGUGCUAUAUCAACCAUUCAACGAAUGGAAAAUGAAGGAUUAACACCCAAUUGCAUCACUUUUAAUUCAUUGAUUAAUAAAUUUUGUGAAAGUAAAGAGUUGGGUAAGGCAGAGGAAUGGUUGAGGAAGAUGAUAGAGAAGGAAGUUUGCCCUAGUGUUGAAACGUAUAACAUCCUUCUUGAUUGUUAUGGACGGUUGAGCCUUUUUGAUAGAUGUUUCCAAGUUCUCGAAGAAAUGGAAAGUAAAGGGGUAAAGCCAAAUGUGGUAAGCUAUGGAACUCUCAUUAAUUGUCUGUGCAAGGAUGGUAGAUUUGUUGAAGCUGAAGUAAUUUUUGCUGACAUGGAUAGUAAAGGAGUUUCUCCAAACGCUCAAGUUUAUAAUAUGUUGAUUGAUUGUAAUUGCACAUUAGGGAAAAUGCAAGAAGCUUUUAAGAUUUUUGAUGAAAUGGUUGAUAGGGAGAUCACCCCAACCCUUGCAACAUACAAUUCACUCAUCAAUGGCCUCUGCAAAAAAGGGAGGGUAACUGAAGCAGAAGAAUUGGUCAACCAAAUUACAAGCAAUGGUUUUAAACCUGAUGUGAUUACAUACAACUCCCUUAUCUCUGGGUAUUGUAAUUCCAGGAACCCCAAAAGAGGUCUUGAGUUAUAUGAAACUUUGAAACAGCAAGGCAUCCAUCCUACUUUAAUGACGUAUCAUCCUUUAAUUUCUGGAUGUAGCAAGGUUGGUUUAGAUACAGUAGAGAAACUGUUCAAUGAAAUGUUACACAUGGAUCUUGCUCCAGAUAGAGUUGUCUAUAAUGCCCUGAUUUUCUGCUACAUUGAAAACGAAGAUGUUCAGAAAGCAUUUGCUUUGUACCAACAGAUGGUAGAUCAAGGUGUCCAAUUAGACAAGAUGACUUAUAACAACUUGAUUUUAGGAUGCUUCAGAGAUGGUAAGGUUACCGAAGUAAGGAAACUUGUUGAUGAUAUGAAGGCGAGAGGGUUGACACCUAAGGCUGAUACGUACAAUAUCCUAGUUAAGGGACUUUGUGAGCUUGGUGAUUACAGCGAGGCAUAUGUAUGGUAUAAAGAGAUGUUCAAAAACCAUUUUUUAUUAAAUUCCUCUGUUUGCAAUCAACUCAUUGCUGGUCUUAAGAUAGAGGGGAGGUUUCAAGAAGCUCAGUUAAUCUUGUCUGAGAUGUAUGUCAAAGGACUUAAUGCCUGGAACAUUGGUAAUGAUCUUUCUGCAUCAAUGACAAUGUAGAUGAAACACAUGUUGUGAAUAACCUGUGAGCACAUGUGGCUAUCACUGCAUAGAAAAACGUUUCUACAGUUGGAUUAUCUUCCCAUGGUAUCUCAUUUUUUAAAGGUGAUGAUGCAACUGUCGUCUCAAACAAAUGACCUAUAUUAGCUGGCUGCUGUGGCAUUUUGCUUGCCGUCUGCUUGGGUUGGAGUCAUUCUUGCGCUUGCCCAAAUUGGAGAAUUUGAUUUGUUGUCCUAAGCCGUGCUUCAAAUCUUCAUUUUACCGAGGUUACCUCUCGCUAUCCCUUUCUCCUCUCUCUAGAUUUUCUCAUAUCUUAUAUAACACAUAGGUGAAUAUGAUAGCCUUUCACAGCACAACACGUAUUUAGUUCUUAAUGUGAAGUCAUAAGUAAAAGUAGACAUGUUACGUAGUAUUGAAUCUCAGACAUUUAAAUGAUAUUAUUUCACUCCGACUCAUUUUACAGGAUAACUACUUGAACCUACUUUAUUUAUAAUGAAAAACUACGCAUCCGACUCUUAGCUUCCUCUUUGAACAUUUAGGAUUGUAGUUUCUCAUAUAUGCAUCCAAAUGUUAGCUUAGUAUUCUACUUUACUGAUAUCUUAUUCUUUUAGAGGAAAGUGAAAUUUCAUUGAUGGGGAGGAUGGCCACUCCCAUCAAAGGAAGUUAGCAUGGGGUGGAGGUGGGAGGUGGAGAAUUACACCAGGAGGAAGUAGCAAAUAAUAAAAAGUAAAAAAGAAGUGUUAAAAUUUGAGUGCUUGUCCUUGAAGAUCCCCUAAAGGUGCCACAAAGUUGGCUCAAAAAGUGAUAUUGGGAGCAGGGGAACGGAAAACUCCAUGCAGAGGCACUGAAAAGAGAGAUCCAAAUGGGGUAUGAAGAGAUGUUGGGGUUUCUAGCUUACUUAUAAUAACUUGAUUAUAGGAUGGUUUAGAGAUAGUUUAAAGUGCAUGUGAUUAAUUAUUGGAUUUUUUUUUUUUAAUUUUAGAAUUAUAGGAAGGCAAGAGGAUGACAUCUAAAUGUCAUAAUGAAGAGGGCAUGUGAUUAAUUAUUUGCACUGUUUUUAAGGAUAAAGAAAAUUAAAGGGCUCGUUUGGUAA